CUCCCUUCCUUCCUUCCCAUGCAUCCAGCAAAGAUGUGGUGUUACUGUAGGCUGGUAUACAUGCCUAUGUCGUACCUAUACGGGAGAAGAUUUGUGGGUCCAAUCUCUCCUCUUGUUUUACAGCUUCGGGAUGAACUUUAUGCACAGCCCUACGAUAAAAUCAACUGGAAAUGUAYAAGACAUUUGUGUGCAAAGGAGGACCUAUACUACCCCCAUUCUUCACUACAAGAUUUAAUGUGGGAUAGCCUCUAUAUAUUCACCGAGCCUCUCCUAACUCACUGGCCAUUUAACAAAUUACGUGAGAAAGCACUCAAAACAACAAUGAAGCAUAUCCAUUAUGAAGAUGAGAAUAGCCGAUAUAUCACCAUUGGUGCAGUGGAGAAGGCACUGUGCAUGCUUUCAUGUUGGGUUGAGGAUCCAAAUGGGGUCUGCUUUAAAAARCACCUUGCCCGAAUCCCUGAUUAUAUCUGGGUUGCUGAAGAUGGAAUGAAAAUGCAGAGUUUUGGCAGUCAGGGGUGGGAUGCAACUUUUGCACAUCUUGAAUUACUAACUAUAGAUAAACCCGAGUUUCUUGUAGUUAUUGGACUUCUUCUUGAUUAAUUAACUCUUAUGUAGGUUAAGGAUAAUCCUUCUGGUGACUUUAGAAGCAUGCAUCGCCAUAUUUCUAAAGGGUCAUGGACCUUUUCAGAUCAUGACCAUGGAUGGCAAGUUUCCGAUUGUACUGCUCAAGGAUUAAAGUGUUKCCUUCUAUUGUCAAUGAUGCCGCCAGAAAUUGUUGGCAAGAAGAUGGAGCUUGAGCAACUCAACAAUGCUGUUAACGUAAUACUUUCCAUGCCGAGCAAAAAUGGUGGGCUACCAGCAUGGGAACCCGCAGGAUCAUCAAAAUGGUUGGAGAUUCUCAAUCCUACAGAAYUCUUUGUUAACAUUGUUGUUGAGCAUGAGUACAUUGAAUGCACAUCAACAGUAAUACAGGCCUUGGCAUUGUUUAAGAAGUCAUACCCUGAACAUAGGGUUAAAGAAAUAGAUAGUCUCCUCACCAAUGCAGGUGAAUACAUUGAGAAAAUGCAGAUGUCAGAUGGUUCAUGGUAUGGAGACUGGGGUGUGUGUUUUACRUACGCUACCUGGUUUGCUCUUGGAGGACUGGAAGCAAUCGGGAAAACAUAUGAAAMUUGUCAGGCAAUCAAUAAAGCUGUCAAUUUUCUGCUAAAAACACAGCUAGAGGAUGGUGGUUGGGGAGAAAGCUACCGAUCUUGCACAGAAAAGAAAUAUGUGCCUCUAGAAGGAGGCCGGUCCAACUUGAUACAAACUGCAUGGGCUAUGAUGGGGUUGAUACAUACUCAACAGGCGGAAAGAGACCCUACACCUUUACACAGAGCAGCUAAGUUGUUGAUCAACUCCCAGAUGAAAAAUGGCGAUUUCCCCCAACAGGAAACAUCUGGAGCUUUCAAACAAAACUGUUUGUUGCACUACGCAUUAUACAGGGAUAUAUUCCCAAUGUGGGCUCUAGCUGCUUACCGUAAGCAGGUGCUCCCACAACCCACAACCAUCUAG